AACCGCACAGCUGCCCCCAAGUCGCUGUGUGCUCAGAAUCCCAGACAGGCAAACUCCCAAACAAAGAGAGCCGCGGCCUGCGCCCGCCGCCCGCCCUUCGGGGCUUUGGGGACAGUAGCGCCGGCCUGUGCAGGGGAGCCCAGGCUCCCGGGACUCCGAGCGGGCCUCGCCGCACCACCAGCACCUGGCCCGGGGCUGGGAGCCGGCUGCCCGCGCGCUGACCCUUCCCUGGGCGGCCGGGGAGAGCCAGGGUGCGCGCCGUGGGCAGCUAGCGGCCCCUCCGACACCGCUCAGCGCCGCUCCACACUCAGGCUCCCAGUCGCUGCUUACGGAGCCCCGCGGCCGGGACUAGCCACCAUGGCCCGCUACAAAAUGGAGCAGGAUGACUGGCUGCUGGUGUACCUGAAGUAUUUGCUUUUCAUCUUUAACUUCCUCUUCUGGAUGGGAGGGGUGGCCGUCAUGGCCGUGGGCGUGUGGACCCUAGUGGAGAAGAGCGGCUACCUCGGCGUCCUGGCGUCCAGCACCUUCGCCACCUCUGCCUACAUCCUCAUCUUCGCGGGCGCGCUCGUCACGGCCACCGGCUGCCUGGGCUUCGGCGCCAUCAUCCGGGAGCAGAAGAGCUGCCUGUCCACCUAUUUCUGCCUGCUGCUUGUCAUCUUCCUGGUGGAGCUGGUGGCUGGAGUCCUGGCCCACGUAUACUAUCAGAGGCUGAGUGACGAACUGAAGCAGCAUUUGAACCGGACCCUGACUGAGAACUAUGGGCAGCCCAGAGCCCAGGACAUCACAGCCUCGAUGGACCGCCUGCAGCAGGACUUCAAGUGCUGUGGGAGCAACAGCUCGGAGGACUGGCAGCACAGCGUGUACAUCCGAUCCAGGGACGCCCAGGGACGCCGUGUGCCCGAUAGCUGCUGCAAGACAGUGGUGGCACGCUGUGGCCAGCGCGUCCACCCCUCCAACAUCUACAAGGUGGAGGGUGGCUGCAUCACCAAGCUGGAGCAGUUCCUGGCAGACCACCUGCUACUGAUGGGAGCGGUGGGCAUCGGGGUGGCCUGCCUGCAGAUCUGCGGGAUGGUCAUUACCUGCUGCCUGCACCAGAGGCUCCUGCGGCCAUUUUACUGACCGCCACACUGCCUGGCACCCAGAGGACAGCCCCCAGGUGCUGUCUGCUGGACCUGCAGAGUCAGCUCCGGUUCCCCCUGCCUUGUGCCCAGCUCCUGCAAGUCCUCCAGCUGCCUGAGGCUGCAGCUCCUGAGUUCCACUCUUCCAUCACUCCCUGCUCAUGCAGGACCUAGGACCAGGUGCCCUGCCAUGAGACAGCCAGAGAGCCCCUUAGCAAGCGGGAGGGGGCAUCCCAAGGGUGCCAGGAGGGCAUGUGCUGGCCUCUCU